GCGACAGAGCUGGUAACUUGCCAUUUUAUCACCAAUGGGUCUUUCUAGAGAUGGAAAUGUAACCGGCAGAGACUACGAUCGCACGUUUCUGAAGAUGCAAGCGGUGGAUUUGCUGUCGGGUUUUAGCGGAGUUUGCGCGUCAUCCCCGUUGUCUCCGGAAUCCUCCUCGUAGACGUCGGACGUGGAUGAGGCCAGCUGUGCGCGCUGGGUAGCUCGCGGAGACUGCAGCUGUCAUUGAUCUAGUGAACGAGCGGACACCGAGAGAAAGCCGGGAAGAUGAUGUGUGAGGUGAUGCCCACGAUCAGCGAGGACACGGCCAUGAGCCAGCGCGGCUCCCAGAGCAGCGCCUCGGACCCGGACUCCCACUUCGAGCAGCUCAUGGUCAACAUGCUGGACGAGAGGGACCGUCUCCUGGACACGCUAAGGGAGACGCAGGAAAGCCUGGCCCUGGCCCAGCAACAUCUGCAGGACGUCAUCUACGAUCGCGACUCACUCCAGCGCCAGCUCAGCUCCGCACUGCCACAGGAGUUUGCAGCCCUGACGAAGGAACUGAACGCCUGCCGCGAGCAGCUGCUGGAGAAGGAAGAGGAGAUCUCAGAGCUGAAGGCUGAGAGGAACAACACCAGGCUGCUGCUGGAACAUCUGGAGUGCCUGGUGUCGAGGCAUGAGCGCUCCCUGCGUAUGACGGUGGUGAAGCGUCAGGCUCAGUCCCCAUCUGGAGUCUCCAGUGAGGUGGAGGUGCUCAAGGCCCUCAAGUCACUGUUUGAGCACCACAAAGCUUUGGAUGAAAAGGUGAGAGAGAGGCUGCGUGUGUCACUGGAAAGAGUCUCGGCCUUGGAGGAGGAGCUAACUGCUGCCAAUCAGGAGAUUGUUGCCUUACAGGAGCAGAAUGCCCACAUUCAGAGGAAGGUGGCAUCAGGAGAAGGUGCAGAUGACCUGUUGGAAGACACUGAUCCCACGCAGAAGAUCCAUGGCAAGCGCUUGUCGAAUGGCUCCAUGGAGUCUGGGGAUGAGGCCAGUCAGGUGGUGGAGUUGCAGGAGCUUCUGGAAAAGCAGAACUAUGAGCUGACGCAGAUGAAGGAGCGCAUGUCCUCGCUCUCCACCCGUGUCUCAGAGGUGGAGCAGGAGCUGGAGACGGCCCGCAAAGACCUCAUCAAGAGUGAGGAGAUGAACAACAAGUACCAGAGAGACAUCAAAGAGGCCAUGUGUCAGAAGGAGGACAUGGAAGAGAGAAUUGUGACGCUGGAGAAGCGUUACCUCAGUGCCCAGCGAGAGUCCACCUCUCUCCACGACAUCAGCGAUAAACUGGAGAACGAACUGGCCAAUAAGGAGGCUUUUCUCAGGCAGAUGGAGGAGAAGAACAGGCAGCUACAAGAACGGCUGGAGUUGGCGGAGCAGAAACUUCAGCAGACCAUGAGGAAAGCAGAGACGCUCCCCGAGGUGGAGGCCGAACUGGCACAGAGGAUCGCGGCACUCACCAAGGCAGAGGAAAGGCAUGGCAGUAUUGAGGAGCGUAUGCGACAUUUGGAAGGACAGUUGGAAGAGAAGAAUCAGGAACUUCUGAGGGCUCGCCAGAGAGAGAAGAUGAACGAGGAGCACAACAAGCGUCUCUCCGAUACCGUGGACCGUCUCCUCACUGAGUCCAACGAGCGCCUGCAGCUCCACCUGAAAGAGAGGAUGGCCGCCCUGGAGGAGAAGAAUGUUUUAAUACAAGACUCAGAGAACUACAGGAAACAGCUGGAAGACUCCAUUCACGAAAAGACUCAGCUGGCAGACGAGGUGGAGAAGAUGCGCGUGGAGCUCGAUCAGUUCCGCCUGAGGGUGGGGUCACUCACAGAGCCGACGUUGUCACGGUCCCACCUGGACGCAUCCACGGAGCUGCGCUACUCACUGGGCUCUCUCGCUGAGACCCAGUCUGAUCAUUAUCGCUCAGCAAAAGUAAUGCACCGGUCCCACAGGGGCCGUAUGGGACACCGCAGGGAAGAACAGAAGGCGAAGUCUCUGGGGGAGCAUGACUGGAGGCCACAGCAGCUGGGCGUCCUGGCCGGCCACCCGUUUGAGAGCGACACAGAGCUGUCAGACGUGGACGACGACGACGGCGAGACUCUGUUCAGCUCGAUGGAUUUGCUGUCUCCCGGAGGCCAUUCUGACGCCCAGACGCUGGCCAUGAUGUUGCAGGAACAGCUGGACGCCAUCAACAAGGAAAUUCGGCUGAUCCAGGAGGAGAAGGAGUCAACGGAGCUGCGGGCGGAGGAGAUCGAGAACAGGGUGGCGAGUGUGAGUCUGGAGGGGUUGAACCUGGCACGGGCGCACCACCAUGGAGCCUCCAUCACCGCAUCGGCCACGGCCUCUUCGCUGGCUUCCUCCUCUCCACCCAGCGGGCGCUCUACGCCCAAACUCACCCCUCGCAGUCCCGCACGCGACAUGGAGCGCAUGGGGGUCAUGACCCUGCCCAGUGACCUGAGGAAGCACAGAAGAAAGAUUGCAGCUGGGGAUGAGGACGGUCGGGAGGAUAAGGCCACCAUCAAGUGCGAGACCUCUCCUCCUCUGACACCACGCCAAGUCCGCCUGACGCGCACACUCCCAGCAUCCUCUCACAACGACGCGCGUCUGGCUGCUACACUGGACACAGAAGCCAGCGCUCUGAGCAGCGUAGCCAGCAGCCAGGACUCCCUGCACAAGCAGCCCAAGAAAAAAGGCAUCAAGUCCUCCAUCGGCCGUCUGUUCGGAAAGAAAGAGAAAGGCAGACUGGGGCACCUGGGAAAAGAGCUCAUGGGAGCAGGACCAGGCAACGUGUCUGACCCGGAGCUGCUCAGUCAGGACAUCACGGUGGGCAAACUGGGCACACAGGCCGAGAAGGACCGCAGGCUCAAGAAGAACGGGCAUGAGCUGCUGGAGGAAGCGAGGAGAAAAGGCCUGCCCUUCGCCCAGUGGGAUGGGCCUACUGUCGUCGCUUGGCUGGAGCUGUGGCUGGGGAUGCCGGCGUGGUACGUAGCCGCGUGCCGCGCCAACGUGAAGAGUGGCGCCAUCAUGUCGGCGCUGUCCGACACCGAGAUCCAGAGGGAAAUCGGCAUCAGCAACCCACUGCACCGUCUGAAACUGCGCCUGGCCAUCCAGGAGAUGGUGUCACUCACCAGCCCCUCGGCCCCGCCCACCUCCAGAACCCCGUCAGGCAACGUGUGGGUGACCCACGAGGAAAUGGAGACCCUUGCAGCUCCUUCCAAAACGAAGUCUGAGGCAGAAGAAGGAAGUUGGUCUCAGACCCUGGCGUAUGGGGACAUGAACCACGAGUGGAUCGGUAACGAGUGGCUGCCCAGUCUCGGACUACCUCAGUACCGCAGCUACUUCAUGGAGUGCCUGGUGGACGCACGCAUGCUCGACCACCUCACCAAGAAGGACCUGCGCGUCCACCUCAAAAUGGUGGACAGCUUCCACAGGACCAGCCUGCAGUACGGCAUCAUGUGUCUAAAGAAGCUGAAUUACGACCGCAAGGAACUGGAGAGGAGGCGAGAGUCUAGUCAGCAUGAGAUGAGAGAUGUGCUAGUGUGGAGUAAUGAGCGUGUGAUUCGCUGGGUUCAGAGCAUCGGUCUCCGUGACUACGCCAACAUCCUUCUGGAGAGCGGAGUGCACGGGGCUCUUAUUGCCCUCGACGACAACUUUGACUAUAGCAGCCUCGCCCUGCUGCUUCAGAUCCCCAACCAAAACACUCAGGCCCGUCAGAUUCUGGAGAGAGAAUACAACAACCUGCUGGCACUGGGCACAGAAAGACGCCUGGAUGAGGAUUUUCGUGGACCCUCAUGGAGGAGGCAGUUCCCUCCAUGGGAUAUCCAUGGCAUUAGUAUGAUGCCUGGCUCAGCAGAGACCCUGCCAGCAGGCUUCCGCCUUACUGCCACCUCUGCACACUCCCGCCGACUCCCCCCAGAGGUUGGGCCAUCGGCAGUGCAGCGGCUGGACAGUUCCACUGUGAGGACCUACUCCUGCUGAGCUAGGGAGAGAGACCUGGAGUCAGAUCUUAAUGUUAGGAAAGUGGUCCCUGGGCCUGGAGUGGAAAUCAGCUGAGUCACACUGCCAAAAGAAUCGUCCCCAGGGAGAGGGCCCAGGGGUGGGCAUGGGUUCGCCAGAAACCCUUCCUGCUCCUUUAUCACAACAAGCCAAGGUCACAACCCAGACACCCUGCCCAGGUGCUGCGUCACGCCUGCCCGACCCGGCCCAGUCUUAUACAGGGGAUGUGUAGGUUUUACUGUAAAUAAAUAUAAAUAUGGUUUUUUUAUAUAAAAUUAUAUAUAUAUAUAAAAAAAUCUAUAAACAUGUCUAUAUAAAAAGAAAACGGGAGACCUAUGAGAACAUUUAGACUUUGUGCAGCUUUUCUCUCUUAAUGUCAUGGCUUCGUUCUUCACGGUGGUUCAGCGGGCACCCUGCCCUAUCCCUGUUUGUCCCGAACCUCUCCGUAAACCUCGAGGAAGGCUGGAUCACUAACUCCAACUCAGCGUGUGUGUCAGAGGAAGGGAAAACAUGAAGAGUGCGGGGGCGACUGCAGAAGGUGGGGGGACCCACAAACACCGCAUGCCCUUGGUUUUGUUUCUUUCUUCCCUGUACCGCGGGGUCAAGGUCGCUCGUGCUCUGCUCGUGCUCUCCCCUCCUCUGGGCGCUGGCCCACAGGCUCACCUUGGCAACCAGUUCACGGCAGAACGGAGGGGGAAGCAAGAAGCUGCACAAGUACAGGUUUACACCACACACACACACACACACACACACACACACACACACACACACACACACACACACACACACACACACACACACACACACACACACACACACACCUUCUUCCACAGAUACAUCAGAGUUGCCACCCUUUGAGGAGUUAUUUGGAGCGUGUGGUUCUAGAAUGUAGUAAAGUAGAUCUUUUGAGUUGCCAUUGUCGCAUCAUAAGGAGAAUUCUCUUUAAUGUGGCGCUCUAGUCAUCAAGGUGUUUGUUUACCCCUUACAAGGGUUUUGUGGGGUAAAGCUGUAUUUUAACACACAAGACCCUCCCUCCCUGCCUCUAUUUCACAUAUUCAACAUGGCCUGAGGUAUAGAUGGCGCCUCGUGUUAAAUGUAGUGUAGGGAUCAGGGAAUGCACCCCAUAGUGUAAUGUCUUAUAUAGUGCACUAUGUUCCACUUUAGGCUGGCAUUUCAAAUUUUGCCUUAUCCUGGCAAGCCUAGUUCGAAGUCACUCCAGAAGCACAUCGCCAGAGAUUACAACUACUCAGUUACACAAAACAUCACAUCACUGCUAACCCACAAAUGUGCUGGCCCUUCUCACUAGGGGCCAAACCCCACCCUCAACAAACAGGAGAAAUGACAAUACAGGCUUAGCUCCUAGUGAACCUAGAGUGUCUGUCAACUUGUUGAAGUCCAGACUAAACAUUUAAAAAGACAAAACCUGUUGCUUGCUGUGAAUUAUUUUGGUGUGAAACUGUCAAAAACUAUUUCUGUAGAAGUUGCCGGGGUAAUCUCCUGUACAGACUUCCUUUCUGUCUUAGAGUGAUGUGUCCCACGGCAGGUCUGCGGACUUUCUACGCUCUUAUUUUGCACGUACAGAGAACCAUUUUAUUUUGUGUCCAUUUUUUAUUACUGACUGUAUUUUGGUCAAAACUAUGUGGUGAUCAAAGAAAUUUUCAUUGUCAAUAAAAAAUUCUGUCAAAUAUUUGCCUAAAAAACUGUUUGCAGAAACGUGCCCAUAUUGUUGAGCCUCCAUAUCUUUGGAUUUUACAGAAUGAAAAUACUGUGCUGUGUUACAGAGAGCACCAUUGACUCUAGCCAAUCAUACAACACAUACAAGACCAAACCAUGCCAGCAGGUUAAGUGGAGGCAGUUUCCUAACCUCGAACUGCUUUGUUGUUUUGUAUCUGUUGCGUUACUAUCAUGGCGAUAUUUGUAUGCCAGACAUCAGACUGCUAUAUCAUUACCUGACACAUCAUUAAAACAGGAUAUCACAUUUUUCAACUGUAUCUUGGCUAAACAUUUCUAGUAAUAUGGUAACUAGCUCCAAAGGGUUUUGAGGUCAUAGGCUCUGUGUGUGUGUGCGCGCACGCGUGUGCAUGUGCGCAUGUCUGUGCGUAUGUGCAUGUAUGCGUGUGU